UUACCACUACUAGCUUGCUUAAAAAAGUUUGUGCUGCUAUUUAUUUGUCAAUGGACAAAUUAUGGGAAGCUCUAUCGGAUAUUGCUUUAAUUGCCACAUUUCUUAUCCAAGAUUUAAAUAUUUUAAUUAGACAAUAUCAGUUGAAUGAAACAAAACACAAAAUUUGA